UCAGAUGUCAGGCGCAUUAUGGAGUGCCGCACAGUUUGCCGUUACUUCAUAUGUGUGCGUCCGAGUUCUCAAAUUUCUGUACAUUAUGUGUAAGAGUGUACUUGUGCAUUUUAUCACACCGAAACACGACUUGGACUACUUGAAGGAUACCUGGACUGUGAUUACUGGAGGAACCGAUGGAAUUGGAAAAGCGUACAUUGAAGAACUCUGCAAAACAAGAGGGCUCAAAAAAUUCUACCUGAUUGGCCGCAAUAUCGACAAAUUGAACAACACCAAGAAGGAGCUAGUGGAGCAACAUGGAUGCGAGGUUAUGUGCCAUGUCCAUGAUUUUGAAAAAGACGACUUGUCAGCUCUCCCCAAGGAUCUCGAAACUUUAGAUGUUGGAAUUUUGAUCAAUUGUGCCGGAAUUGCUCCACAUAUCAUUGGAACACUGACCGAGCUGCCAGAAGGAUUGGCGUCCAAGAUUCUUCGUGUUAACCUGAUGUCUGCUGUUAAGAUGACCGAGAUGAUUCUGCCAAACAUGGUGAAGAAAAAGCGAGGAAUCAUUGUAAAUAUCUCAUCAAUGACGGGCUGGAGGCCGCUUCCGUACCUCAGUUCUUACCCGGCUAGCAAAGCUGCAUUAUCCUUCUUCUCCGACUCCUUGUCAGAUGAAUACCGAGGAACUGGAAUUCGUGUUCAGUGUCUCAUUCCAAUGCUCGUUGCUACCAAGGUCGCCUCGUAUGAAGCUGAAGAAGCGAACAAUAUCUUCGUUGUCACCCCUGAAAACUUUGCCAAACAAGCUGUCAGAAUUAUCGGGACUAAUUGGGAAAUCACAACGGGCUGUGUGCAACAUGAUGUUCAGGUUGCCCUUGGAACAUUGUUCUCCUUUUGGUUUUUCAAAGUACUUUUCGUCCCUGUUGUUAUGCUCGGAGUUCAUAAGCAUCGUGUUGCCUCUUAUCAAGCGAAGAACUCGAGAAAGAAUAAUUAGAGUUUUUAUCAUUUCACGUUUAUCCAUUUUCGUUCAUUUUUAUCAUGAUUUUUUUUUAUUGAAUGCUAUUUUUCAGAUAAAAAAGUUUUCGUGUGAACUU